GCAGUUUCAUGGAAAGCAUUUAUAGUUUACUUUUUCCACACUAUAUAAUACAUCAAACUACACACAACACUACAUAGAAUAACUCAAACAAACCUCUUAACUACUCUUAGCAUCUCUCUUACACUUUUUCUCCUAUCUACUCAAUUUUUCAAUGGAUCCAUCCCAUGCUUACUUCAGCUGUGAAGUGAGAAUAAUUCAAGCUAGAAACAUUGAAUUCAUCAAAUCUACUAAAAACUUGUUUGCAAGGUUGUAUCUUCCUACAGGAAACAACAAAAGAAUUCAACUCAACACCAAAAAUGUUUCAACCAAAUCAGUACCCUUUUGGAACGAGUCCUUUAAUCUAGAUUGUUCGUGUCCCCAUGAAUUCCUAGAAAACCUUAAACAACAAAGCUUAGUGUUGGAGCUGAGGCAAAGGAAGAUGUUGGGGUCACAUCUUGUGGGAAAAGGUGAGAUUCCAUGGAAGGUGAUUCUUGAAUCACAAAACAUGGAAUUGAAAAAAUGGUUGAAGAUGGAUUUGGUGAGUGGAAGUGAUUGCAAAGAGGGUAUGUUGAAAGCACCUGAAGUUGAAGUGGAAAUUAAAAUAAGAGUGGCUUCGAUUAUUGAGAUGGAGAAGCAGAAUAGAAAGAUGUUGAAUAAUUGGAAUGAGUGUGGAUGCAAACAUGGACAUGAUCCCAAUGUUUGGUGUUGUGCUGAAGAUUGUAAUAUAUUUGCAUUUGGUGCAGCUUUGGAGGCUUUUUGAUUUAACUUGAUGCAAGAUUAAUAUGCCAUAUAAAUGUAUAUGCACUAACAUCAACUAAUUAAUUUGAUUAUUAUUUAUGAACAGUGGACAAUUGAUUCUAUAUGUAUAUGAUUAGAGGUUCCUUUAAUUAUCUGUUUUUACUCUAAAA